UUUGGCUCCUUGAUUUGGUAAUUGUAGUUUCAGGAGGAUUUGUGGAAGAAAUAACAGUCCUGUCAAUUUGUUUCGUGUAGUAUUUGGAUAUAGAUAGAUCGUUUUCUUAAAUAACAUUUUUAUGUUGGCAUUAUAUAACUUAAUUAAUGACUUCUACAACAUAGCUAUUUUAGAAUAAGUAACUAGUUGAAUUGGUCUUUAUAAGAGAGUCAUAACUCGAGGAUGGAAAGGGCUGCCUACGUAUUGGCUACUGUAACAGUUUUCCAAGUAAAUAAUGCCUGCUGAAAAAUGUUGCGUAUGAACACGGGAAAUAUAUAGCCAUGCCAGAUGUGGACAGUAUUUCAGAAUGCUCCGGUGAGGUAGUGAUCGAAAUUUCCGAAUCCUUACAACUUUUUCCAGGAUUGCUGGCGGUAGCCAUUGUGUUCGGAGUGUUUUUCGGAAUUUUCGCUGCAGCGCUGCUGUACGUGUUUUUCUUGAAGCCUGUACUUUUGAAUCGAAAGUUUCAGGGCUAUGACACCAGAAAGCUGUUUGAGGCGGAUGACUUGGACCAAGAGGACAAUAAAAGUGAUUCUGUGAGCGUUGGAAAGAAGGCAGGCCAGAGCACAGCACUGAAUGAAAGGGAAAGAAAACAGCUGCCAAUGAACAGUGAUGUUGCUGCGUUUGCAUUGAAGGCCAAGGUUGUUUACCCAAUCAACCAGCGAUACAGACCUCUGGCAGAUGGAGCCUCCAAUCCCUCUCUCCAUGAGAACUCCAGGCUGGCCAUGCUCCCCAACCCGGAGUCAUCCUCCUCCUCCAGCCUGGACUCGCUCAGCCAGGAAAAUGACGAGGACAGCAGCCAGUUUGUCACCUCGUCCCCGAUCCCCAACACCUUCCAGAACGAGAGGUUCAUCAGAGUCAGCCAUUUCCCUGAGACGUUUACUUGUGCAGGGUUCGAGGGCCGGAUCAGUCUCUACUGUUUGGGUCUCCAAAACUUCCAGCACCUGUGUUCCAACCUGCAGGAAGAGAAGCAUGUGUUCUUUCUCCAGAUUCUCAGAAUUCUUUUCGAUGAGUGUUUUCGCAAGGAGAAAAUUGACUCCGCUUUCUACAGUAAAGUUCUUCUGAUACAAGAAAGGGAGCUGCAGGACUUGAAGAAAGAGCUAUCAGUGAAGCUGUUUAACUCUGAGAGAAAGGAGGACCCAAAUUCAAUCUACUGCACUCUGGAAGAGAUUGAAAGAGCUGGGAAGGAUAGACUUGAGCACGGACUUCAAAUGGUGAUGGGGUUCAGCAGGCAGGUGGAGAGGCUUUGCCUCCACCUGCGCAGCAGACCCGGCGCGCUCUCGGGGGAGGUGGUGCGGGAAACGACCCGUAGCCUCAUCCACAGCCUCCUGCAGGUGGAGACUCAGCUGGCUGAGCUCCAGAUCUCUGAUACCAGGAACACUCAGGAGAAGUUCCUGUGGUGGGAGGAGCUGAGGGCGUGGCUCCAGUCCCGGCCCGCCCUGCUCAGGCAGGAGGCCGUGUGCAGGCUGAGGCUCGUGGCCAAGGCCCUGGAGCAGCUGACCAGCGACGGCCAGCUCAGCUUCAGCCACAUGGAGAGGAUGCUGUCUGAGCUCCAGAGCGCGCUGAAAGAGGAGCUGCAGCACUGCGGCGAGGAAUGCAUGAAGCAGACAAAGGAGCUGGUUAGCGAGAUGUACAGGAAGGCCGAUGUGAAGAAGAAGAAGCUAAUGAAGAGCCAGGCUAAAGAGAGAGGCCGCGCUCUGGACAAUGCGCAGCAUCUUAGGGACCCUCCGGAGUUUGUGAAGGUGUACUAUGAGGUUCUGGAGAAACAGAAGAAGCAGAGCAGUGAUCUGGAGGAGCAGCAGGAAUGGAGUGUGACGGAGGCUGUGUGUGAGCUGUGGAAGAGGGUCCACUCCUCCUGGUCGGAGAAGCUGGCGGACCGGGUCAAGGACCUGUUCCUGACCGCGCUGCCCGCGCAGACGCAGCUGACCGCGGACGGGUGCGACCGGCUGAGGCGGGAGGCCGACCGCGACCUGAGCGCUCAGCUGCAGAGAGAGGAGACCGCGGCCAAACAGAACCUGCAGGCGCUGCAGGAGCAGCUGGACCUGGACAGACAGGUAUGGCUGGAAGAGGAAGCACUGGUCACAGCCAGUCUGAGGCAUAUGUGUGAUCAACAGCUGAAAAUCCUCAGGGGGAUGUCAGUGAAGCAGAAAGACUUGCAGGAAAGUGUGGAUAGCCUAAUGGAGGAGAAACAUCGCCUCCUCCUGGCAGCAGUGCAGAGGCUGUUUAUGGCUCGUCAUUUCACCCUGAGGGCCCUGAAGGAGAUGAGGCUUUCCAGGCUGAAGAUGCCCUCCCUCAGCGACUCAAAGGUGGUGGAGCUGGAGGACUGCAGCAAGACCCAGCACACUCCUAGCCUGAGUCCCAGAGCUAUUCAUAAGGACUGUCCUGCCAGUGAGGCUGAAAGGCGCCUGGGGCCAGAGGCUCAUCUCAUUGGUCAGGGCUUUCACCAGGAGUUCCUCUCAGAGCUGGACACUGGCGCGGAGCUUCUGCAGGAACACGCCCAGCUUCUGAUGGGCCACACCCUCGCCCACAGUAUUCAUCGGCAGGGCGACAUGCAGCCUUCCACUCAGCCCCACCCACAGGACAGCAGGAAGCUCCCCCUGGUGGAGGCGGCCUCAGAAAGCGUGUAUGUCACGCGAGGGUCCGUCAGUGCCCUCAUCCAGGACUACUACACCCAGAUCCAGGGCAUCACCAAGGCCCAGCAGCAGGACCCUCAGCUCAACCUGGAGAGCACCGGAGGAGAGUGCGACAGGGCGGGUGGGCGGAGCCUGCUGUACAGAGCCCUGCAGAAGGAACUGGCCAAUUGGGAGAGGAAGCCCACAUCCAGAGAGUUUCACCAGAGGGUUGAAAUGCAGAAGAGGAAGAUCCUGGCCCAGUACGAUGUCGAUCUCGAGGCAGCAUAUGAAACACUGAGGAAGAGGAAGUCUGACCUUCACCGCGCGCAAGAGAAUCUUAAACUACAGCUUCAGGAAGCAGAGGAAGCCUUCAUGGUUCGACUGGCAACUCUGGCCAGAGUGCCCCUGGCCAGCAGGGAGUCCGAACACGCGGACAGUCAGACAGCCGAGGAAGCUCAGGAUGAAUGUAAGAGGAACACUGGGGUCAGUAAAGAGAGCGACUGUGUCCCCCAAAGCCCUGGAAAUCCCAGACAUGAGCAAGGAUAUUUCCUGGAAGAGACCGGGAAAAGAAAGAAGAGGAAAGAAAUGCGAGAUUGAUCACUGUAUCACGCAGCAGGCCUGUAAAUAAAGAGCUGUGAUAUUGGUA